CUACUACCUCCCUAGUCGUCCCAAUCAUGUUAUCUUCAGAUUCUCUAGUAGUGAUGAUGACUGGAGGAAGAAGUAUUUUUACGUUAAAGUUGAUCCUUCGACGGUUCCUGUGGGUCGGAACCUUAGGGUCACUUGGACUAAUCCAUCUGGUUAGGAAUUCUAGGGAUAUGCUUUUUCCGUUUUAUUCAUUUAUGGCCGAGUAACCUUUUUGCUCUGAUUUACUUGCAGAAAUCGAAGAUCCUCCGAAGCUCUCUACCAAGCUCACCAGAGCUCUAUACCGCAAGUUGCAGCAGAGUCCCUGUACCUGGGUAGCCUACACCACUUCUCGAAUAAGUGCAGCCAGAUUCCCAGAUACCUACAACGCCUCUUUCCAAGAUCCCAUUCCUGCUGAGAACCUUGAGAGUAAGUUCUUGUUCGAACCUUUUUAAUGAUUUUAUCGCUUUGAAGUUUUUAAACUUAAGGAUUUCCAUUGUUCCAGUUUCGGCAGGCGAUUCAGUUGUAUCGAUCUCAACUGGUGCUAGUGCUUCGGGAACUGAAAAGUCUCAGCCAGGUGACAUGACUCUGCGACCAUCAUUCCGUUCUAGGGGUAACCCCUCUAAAGCUGCCAGUGCUUCUCGUGGAAGCGACAGGAACCAAGGAGGAUCGUUCCUUAUCUCAAUGAAGGAAGUUUUGGACGACGGAGGAUCCAAACCUGUUGUCGAGACUACUCCAACUGAGGUUGUAGCUCAGGAUGCUGCUCCUCUCCCUGAGGUCCAGGUGCCGGAGGCUGACUACCAGGCUCCGAAGGGUACCUCUGAGGUCGAGCCGUCGAGACACAAGAGGCCCAGGACCGAUCAGGGCGGAGCUCCCACCCGUUCUUCUUCCUCAUCCUCUAGAGGAGGGACUGUUGGGUGGAGCUUUACCCAUUCGAAGCCUGGGUCGAUCCUGGACGACUCUUGGGGCCUAGCUGCGAUAAUGAGGCACCUGAAGAGCGUGGGAUGUCCCCUUCCAGCGCUCAAGGACCUGACUAACCGAGAUGAGUAUCUCGAUAUUGCUCACUGUAUGGGUCAGUUGGCUGGGGCUGUUAACAGGGCCCAGCUCAGGUUUGAGAAUGCUCUGUAUGCUGCCCCCAAUGCUGGUGAACUUGCUGAGGUUACCGAGAUGGUUAAGGCAGCCAAAGCCGAUCUUGACCAAGCCCGAGUUCGAAUUUCUGAACUCGAAGCCGAAGUGACGAGGCUAGGCUCGAAGGCCGAUGCUCAGCAAGGAGAGAUCGAGAGUCAAAAGCUCGAUAUCCAGGUGAAGAGCAGGAGAAUCAAUGAUUUGGAGGCUGCUCCAGUCGAGGCAGCUAUAGGAGGUGAUGGCAAUGUGGUCGAUGAGGGAGUUCCCGCCGGUGCUGGUGAUCCGAUUCAGGAAGAGAAGGAAGAUUGAGAGCUACGGCUCUUUUAGCUUUAUGUUUUGUGUUUUUAAGACUUCGGCCUAAGGGCUUUGUUUCGUUAUGCAUUAUGACUUAGUGCCUGAGGAGGCCUUUAAACCUUAACACUUGCUGGAUUUCAAUAGCCUGGGGAGGCUUUUAAACCCUUUCUUAUGUUUAAAUCGUGGCUAUUAUUUCUGUUUUAAGUUUUUGAACUUAACCUCGUUUCA